CAUACUCAAUAUCGACACCGCCGCCGACGACAUUCCCUCAAAAUGCCUCACUCAUUCGGUUACCGCGCGCGUACGCGCCACAUGUUCAAGCGGGGCUUCAAGGACCAUGGCCCCGUCAAAAUGUCUACAUACCUCAUCAACUACCGCAUUGGUGACAUCGUCGAUAUCAAGGCCAACGCCGCCCAACAAAAGGGUAUGCCUCACAAAUACUACCACGGACGGACUGGCAUUGUCUACAACGUCACUCCCCAUGCCGUCGGUGUCAUUGUCUACAAGGUUGUAGGCAACCGCUACCUCGAGAAGCGGGUGAAUCUCCGUGUCGAACACGUGAGGCACUCAAAAUGUCGGCAGGAGUUUUUGGACAGGGUGAAGCGCAACCACGAUGCACAUGCUGCUGCCAAAGAGAAGGGUGAGCGUGUAUCACUGAAGCGUGUCCACGCUCUCCCUCGGGAGGCACGCACCGUCUCGAUCGCCCAAAACACGCCGCAAACGAUGACGCCCGUUCCUUACGAGACCACCAUCUAGUUGGAAUUGUGUUUGUGCCACUCAUAUGAGAUUUCCACUAUGCAUCGUAUACUACUGUCAUGCUCCCAUGCAAUCAUGACUUGAACGCAUCAUCACGGACGAAUCUUACCAGAUCAAUUGAGGAAAUGUUACGCCACAUCACCCCGGUUCUUUAAUCUACUAGGUUGAGUAGCUUGUUAAGAUGAGCACAGUACGUGCAGGUCGACACGGUC